GAAAAGAAAAAACCAGAAAACACCUACUGAGAAAAUUUCCUUAUCCUACAAGUGAUAUAUCUCAGUGAAACACACCUUCCUCAUCUCUCUAUCUCCUUCUCUCUCUUUCUUCAUUUUUUGAACUCAAAAAAUGCUUUCAAUGGCGGUUCAACCUAACAUCAACGCCAUUGUUAAACCUUCAUCAUACCCAUCUCCAAAACUAUCACUUAAACCCUUUAAAGCUCCCGCCUUUGCAAACCCAAAACCCUUUUCUUCUUCAUCUUCAUUUCCUCAAUUGAACAAGAAAUUGAGGAAUUCCAGUUUUUCUCUCUCUGCUGCUCCUGAAACCAUUUCUGAUAUCGCCAUUGCUGGAGAUGAGGUUGACAUUGAAGAUGACUUGCUAAUCACCAAAGAGAAGCUCAAAGUGGCUGUGAAGCCAAUGGAUAAACCGAGGCUAGUAUUGAAAUUCAUAUGGAUGGAGAAAAACAUUGGUCUUGCCCUCGACCAAACCAUACCGGGACAUGGCACGAUUCCAUUAAGUCCCUACUACUUUUGGCCUCGGAAAGAUGCUUGGGAAGAGCUCAAGGUACUGCUAGAGAAUAAGCCCUGGAUAUCUCAGAAACAAAUGAUUAUUCUUCUUAAUCAAGCAACUGAUAUCAUCAACUUGUGGCAACAAAGUGGUGGUAAUAUUGCAUCUUAGAGUACAUGUUAUAUGGUAUAUUCUUGUUAGUAGGCGUAUGUUGUAUCUCGUGUUUGUAGGAGUUCUCAACUAGAAGAAUUGCUACUAUUUCACUCUUAUAUCUAGUUGAUUGAUCAAACAUAAGCAUGCUAUAUUACUUUGAAUUUACGUGUCUAUUUUCUAAGGUUCAAAUUUCACAGGAACUUCUUUU